AUGAGCUUCAGCGCCGAAACAGACUGGUUGCCGAAUGGGCUUCAAUUCCCAGAUAAAGGGCAUGACUUGCGUCUCUGGUUACAUACGGAACGGAGAAAAGACGUACAUAUCUUGGAUUUUCAUGCUCCUCUCAAAAAUUGUUUUGGCAAAGUACCUGUACAGGAGAACAACGAAGACUUGAAAGCCCAUCUUCAAGUUGCAUUUGUUGAUAAGCUGGAGAGCCAAAAUCCUUGGGGAUAUGGACCCCCCACGACUCUUUGCAUCGAGUCUCCUGGUCCGGUUUUGCCGGGCUUUGCCGCUCCAAAGGAGAUAUUGGAGAGGAUCAUAGACACGUGGAAGAUCCCAAGAAAGUUGUUCGACGAGAUCCAGAAGCCGGGGUCCUUCCCAAACUUUUUAUUCUUUGAAAAGAACCAGCACUCUCAUCUCGAGUUGCAUAUCGGGUUCAGAUGGAUGUCAGCGCCUGGAUCUUAUCUUAUAUUUCUUGGCUCAAUCUUUUCAGUCAAUCCCUCACUCUAUGACGAGUUCGCCAAGUCCACUAGCCAGUUCCGCGGAGUCUUUUCCCAUCGCGGCGUUCUUACACCCACGUGGAACGGAGAUGUUAUGAAGAGCGGAGAAGACGUUUUUGGUCGGUGGGAAGGCUCACCGGUAAGAUUGCCUGUCAUGAUGCUGAACCAGUGCGAGAAACAUCUUGAGAGCUCCAUUCAGCAGCAAGCUGAGAAGGUCGAGGAGAUGCAAGGGCAUCUAUCUCUUCUAGAGGCAAAGCUUCCUGGUUCGGGUGUUAUGGUUCCUCCCGAACUGUACGCGCGACACAGGGAGCUCACUACUUCAAUCUUCACCCUGAGAAACUCCUGUCGUAACCUCAUGGAGAUUUGUUCUGGGUUCGUAACCGCCUUCAAGGCUUCUCUCUCGUACAAGCAUGUCAGUGAUAAUCGCCUGGGGAACUUGAAGUCUUUGCGCGACGGCAUCGAGAGAAUACACGCCCGACUGAAGUUCCAACUCAACAGGAUCCAUUACCUCGAGAACAUACACAUUCAGUUCACGAAAGGCAUGACUGCGUUGAAGCAACUCAUGUUGUUGAAUAAAAGUCGCUAA